ACCUGACGCUGCGCAGUCACCGAUCCCAUUGGUGGAGCCAGAUUCAGUCGUUUGCUCUCCCUCUUUCUCUCUCUCUCCCUCUCUCUCCCCCCUCUCUCUCUCCCCCUCUCCUUUUCCCUUUCCCUCUCUCUCGCUCCUUCUCUUGCUCUGUCCCCUAGUCUCUCCCUCCACAUUGCUUUGAUUUUCCUUUUUCUCCUCUCCGUGAGGCUAGGAGACAUUUCACUGGAGGCAGCAGGCAGUGUAUGCCCCAGAGGGAGAGAGACAGGCGCUGCCAGGGGAAGAAGCCGCAUGGAAGAAAGGUCCUCAGCUUCCCAGAGCCCAGCAAGGCAGUGAAAGCCAGGAGUGCAGUGCCUGCUGCCUGCCCCAGCCCCGCAGGGGAGCAGGUCCGCACAGUGGUCCCCCUUCCUUACCAGGUCUUCUUCUGCAGCACCUGGUGGAGACAGGAGCUGAGACAGAGGAGAACAUGGAAAUGCUGCUGUCCACCCCACACAGCAUUGAGAUCAAUAACAUCACCUGUGACUCCUUUCGCAUCUCCUGGGCCAUGGAGGGCAGUGACCUAGAGAGGGUCACCCAUUACUUCAUUGACCUCAACAAGAAGGAGAAUAAGAACUCCAACAAAUUCAAGCAUAGGGACGUGCCCACAAAACUUGUGGCAAAAGCAGUGCCCCUGCCCAUGACAGUGAGGGGUCACUGGUUCCUGAGCCCUCGUACAGAGUACAGUGUGGCUGUGCAAACUGCAGUGAAGCAAAGCGAUGGAGAAUACCUGGUGUCUGGAUGGAGUGAGACAGUCGAGUUCUGCACAGGAGAUUAUGCCAAAGAGCAUUUGGCACAGUUGCAAGAGAAGGCAGAACAGAUCGCCGGGCGUAUGCUCCGAUUCUCCGUCUUCUAUCGGAACCAGCACAAGGAGUACUUCCAGCAUGCCAGGACUCACUGUGGGAACAUGCUUCAGCCUUACUUGAAGGACAACAGCGGGAGUCACGGCUCUCCUACCAGUGGGAUGCUCCACGGCGUUUUCUUCAGCUGCAACACUGAAUUCAACACCGGCCAGCCCCCCCAGGACUCGCCCUACGGCCGCUGGCGCUUCCAGAUCCCCGCCCAGCGCCUCUUCAACCCCAGCACCAACCUCUACUUCGCGGACUUCUAUUGCAUGUACACGGCCUACCACUACGCCAUUCUGGUGUUGGCCCCCAAAGGCUCCCAGGGUGACCGUUUCUGCCGGGACCGCCUUCCCCUUCUGGACAUUGCCUGUAACAAAUUUCUGACCUGCAGCGUGGAGGAUGGGGAGCUGAUCUUCCGCCACGCCCAGGAUCUCAUUCUGGAGCUCAUCUACACGGAACCCGUCGACCUGUCGCUUGGCACUCUGGGGGAAAUCAGUGGACACCAGCUGAUGAGCCUUUCCACCGCUGACGCCAAGAAAGACCCCAGUUGCAAGACCUGCAAUAUCAGUGUGGGGCGCUAGGGACUCCGAGGGGCUGGGGGGGGAGGAGGGGAUGGGGUUGUGAGGGGACUGAUGUGGAGAGGACAAGGGAGAUGAGGUCUGUGGGAGGGAACGUCAGUUGGCUUCGGGCUAGAGAGCUGGGCUUCUCUCUCGUCUCCUCCUGACUCCCAUUCCCAAGCCAUGCUGGCCUCUCUCCCCUCCUCCCCCAGCACCGGUGGGAUAAAGGGAUCCCCCUGUUCAGCCGGCACUCCAAGUGGAAGCAAGUCACAAAGCUCCUUCUUUGUCCAGAAGGGCCUGGCCUUGCUUCUGUAGGUGUGGCCCACCCUGUCUGAUGGCUCUGGCAAAGGUUUUGGCCAGGUUGGGGUGGGCUGGCUUUUUCUGAGGUUUCCUUUCUCCUGUAAUCUCCCUGUUCUGCUGUUCCCACUUCACUCUUGCCUGGCCCUAGGUAGCACUGUCCCGGUCCUGGAUAGGGCUUCUGGUCCUCAGUCCUAGCCCCCAUGGAGACUCUCUGGGCUCCAUCUUCCUGACACUUGUUUCCAGGAAAGAUUGUGUAGGGAGGCUUGGGGAGCUCUUCUCCUCAGCCCCCGCCCACCUUACCAAGAAUCAACCGUGAAAUUCCCCCAUGUCUUUUUUUGAGCCCCAGACUCAAAUACCUAUUCCCUAAGCAGCUCCCACAACCAGGCCCAGACCUCUCUCCUUUAUAAAUAGUCUCCUUUCAAUGUGACUUCUUGGCUGUCCCUUGUCCCUGCUAUAUCCCUAGGAAUGGCUACCCCCACCCUACCCCAGGGUCUCCUGCUUCCCAGAAGAGGGACCUUCUUUCUUUUCUAUGCCUUGUGGGCACUUAGCUGUUGUUUUCAUUUUUCCCCUUUCUUUUCCUUCCAGGGAGUUGAUGUGCCCCUUUGUCCCAAAGCAGCAGAACUUGGACUAUAAUUAAUUGGGGUUGAGGAUGGGGAGCAAGGGGUAGGAAAGCACUGGUACUCAGAAAUGCCCUUUCUCCAGCCGGGAAUGGACUCUUUACCCCAAUCAGGGCCAGCAUGGAGCUGGAGUGCCACAGACUUUCCUCCAGGGGCCCCUGGCACCACGCCCGGCUAGCCUGCUUCUCUCUCUGUUUGCCAUGGUGCCGUGCCUGUGUUGUACCUGUGCAUAAGUCAGACUGGCUUCUCCCACAACCACCUGCCUAGGCCUUUUCUUUUCACCUGGAGGGAUCUGGCAUAGCUCACUGGGGCCCAUUGGAUUUUGCCAGAGCAGGUCCCAAUUGGGCAGGGUACCCCCCCUUCCCUUGGGAUUACUUGGGACUCCCCAGGGAAACAUGCCAAGCUCGGGGCAGCCACCCAGGGGCUUCCUAGGGAUUUCACAUAGUUGUGAUAACAAGUCAGGGGGUAGACUCCUAAGAAGGGGGUCUGAUAGCAGGUGAAUCCCUUCUUGGGAUUGGUAGUUAAGGGGAGAUCAGAGCUUAAGUCAGGCAGAGAAGGAGGUGACAGUGACUUCCACAGAUAAGGAACUAACUGGGCCAAAGGAGUAGCAGAUCCUUUUCUGAGAACAAGACAACUUUAUCCUCAGAUGGAAGGAUGAAUGGUUAAAGGACGGUGACCCUGCGAUGGGGCUGAAGGCAGCUGGUGUGAAUGGAUUGGGCUCUGAGAUGCUUGGAAGAGGAGAACACAUAGACACUUCUGGCCCUUCCUGUUCCCUCUGCUUACUACAAUGGCAGCAAGAGGUCCUUCCCUUCUGCCCCAGUCCAUGUGUCUGACCUUUGCUGAUGGCCUGCCUGUGCUGUGCUUACAAUGUGCAUCAAUAAACCACUACCACCAGA